GUGGUCUGUUACCGGUAUUUAUUUUGUACAUAUUAUAUGCAUUGAGGAUUGAACUGUCGAUGAGAUGGAAGAAAAGUUUCAUGUACCACUUGUGACUUACAAACACAAUCGACAAAGCCAAUCUACAUGUCACAUUUGUCAACCAAACGCAUGUUUUGUGUAUAAUCAAUCACUGUUGCUGGUUUUUGAAUAUGCUCAUUAGUCACUCUAUCCACCUUGCUACUGUCUUUAAUUUUGUUAUGGUGAAUGGAUGUUAACAGUGUGAUAUCUCGUUUGUCAUGCCAUUGUAAUCCCAUGAUGUCAUUGGCAGUAAACACCUGCACCUCACCAGCAUGAGUGCCUACAUUGAACCUGGGCAUAUGUUUACGAUUAGAACGCACUGUGCCACACACAUCUGUCAUGUUCACUCGCAAGAAAUCGUUGAGCGGUUUAUUGAUGAGGACCACCUGCCACAUUUACUCUUCUAUGGCCCACCAGGAACGGGCAAGACAUCUACCAUACUUGCAUGCGCUCGAAAACUUUAUGCUCCCAAGGAAUUCAGUUCUAUGGUUUUAGAGCUGAAUGCAUCAGAUGACCGUGGUAUUGGUGUUGUGCGUCAACAAAUACUCAGCUUUGCCAGUACACGCACCAUAUUCAAGUCUGGUUUCAAGCUUGUCAUUUUAGAUGAAGCGGAUGCCAUGACUAAUGAUGCUCAGAAUGCAUUAAGGAGAGUUAUUGAAAAGUUCACUGAUAAUGUUCGAUUCUGCCUCAUCUGCAACUACCUCAGUAAAAUCAUCCCAGCCAUUCAGUCACGAUGCACCAGAUUUAGAUUUGGACCUCUUUCAUCUGACCAAAUUCUACCCAGGCUGAACUAUGUCAUUGAACAGGAAAAGGUCGCCGUAACAGAUGAUGGAAGGAAGGCAUUACUAGCACUCUCGGGUGGGGAUAUGAGGAGAGUCUUAAAUAUAUUACAGUCCACAUCAAUGGCUUAUAAAGAAGUGACAGAGGAUAAUGUAUACACUUGUGUGGGUCAUCCUCUUCGUUCAGAUAUUACAAACAUCAUCAACUGGAUGCUAAAUGAACAGCUUGACACUGCCUACAAAUGUAUCCUUUUUUGUUGAUUGAUUUUUAUAAAGUGUUUUGUUGGCCAUCAUUACAACACAUUCAUGGGGAGGAGAGUCAUUACAUUCAUACAGCAGCAUUAAGCCCAUAAGGGUCAUACAGCAUCUAAGGGAGUGGGAGGCAUUCAGGUUUGAUCCAAGGAAGAGGAAAACAGAUCCAAAGAGGGAAGUGUUAAACCCUUAAGGGACAAGAACUUCAUAGGAAUGGGAGGUGAGGUGAUCAGGUUUGAUCGAUGAAGAGGUUGGGUCCAGUCCCAUGGAUCAAGAGUCCCUUGCUGUUGUCAAGAACCACCGUGAGGAGUAUUUGGAGGCCAGAUAUUAGUGGGAUACUUUAGUGGCAUUUAGAAGACUGGAUCAGAUAAUGAAAAGAUGCUUUAAAACAUGUUAAAAAUUGAUUAAUGCCCAAUUGAGUUAGAAUCCUGUAGUCCUCUAAGUUCAAUAUAAAAAAUAGUUAUGGAAUGAAGCAAGUUACAAUUUUUAUUAUACAUUUUAGAUAAACUUCAGCAGCAUAUUAGUUAUUUGCAAUCUCCACAGGUUUAAGCACAGAUUAUUUUGUAAAAACUAGACACAGAUGCAAUAUAAUGCAUUCCUUUAUUGACUACUUUUCACCCACUCACUGAGC